UAAACACCAGUUGCGCGCGGUUUCUCUAAGGAGCCAUUCGGCGUCCGCGUCAAACGAGAAAAACACGCACCAUAGCUAAUAGAGAAUACAAAUCAAAUUUCGAACGUUCGCGUUCUAAAUUUGAAAAUUUAUUUGUAUUUCUUUUAAUUUAAGGCGUUUUAGGGGUUUAAAAUGAGGAACGGGUGGCCAGUGUUGGUGGUAUUCGUGUUUGUGUGCCUUCAGUGCAGUUUGCAGUUGCUACCGUUACCGGACUUCAUCCAUCCCUGCUCCGAACUAUCAGACGAAUGCUUCACCCAGGCCACACUGGAUGCCAUCCCCGGGCUGGUGAAGGGCAUCCCGGAAGCCAAUGUCCCGUCCCUGGACCCGCUGUACCUGGAGAAGAACAUCAGCAUGAACCUGCCCGGCAACGUCAAGAUGACCUUCCAUAAUGGCAGGCUGAUGGGGCUCAGUACGUGCGUGCCGCUUAAAGUUUCGUCUCGCCGGGAGACCCGCAAGUUCAUCUUCGACAUCCGCUGCAACUUCACCAUCAAGGGCCACUACAGUCUGCAGGGCAGGAUCCUGCUCUUCAACCUCGACACCGACGGCAACGCCAAGAUCAAAAUAUGGAACCAGCGUAUCCGCCUGGAGGUUUUGGAAAAGGUUGUGAUGGACAAAACUACGGGCGAGGGCCACUACAAGAUCAACUCGUACAAGUACAAAGCCGAUUACGGCACAGACCUCAAGCUCAACCUCACCAACUUAUUCCGAGGAAGCGCUGAAAUCAGUGCAAACAUUCUGCAAGUGCUGAACCAGAACUCGCAGCUGGUGGCGCAGGAGUUCGGCGCCCCGAUCCUCGAGUACGCGAUCGACUACGCCAUGAACGUGACUCAGCGCUUCUUCAGCGCCUACACUUACCAGCAGAUCUCACACGUACCCAUCACGCCUGAAUUCUUCGAGAAGGAGAAGAAAUAAAGUAACAUAAAUACUAG